GAGCUUUCUCAAGCUGCAGGGAGCCGAAUGGCGCACUAAUUUAAGAGUUAACGUUUAGACAUCUCCUUUAGGUUUUCGUGGAUUUUACUAAUUUCCUAAAAACUUCUGCGGGUUGAGACGACUUGUGCACGGUGUAGGAAAGGGAGGAUCUUCCUUUGCAGCUCGUGACAACAGCCGGGAUAAAAAACCUAACUUUGCGCUUCGUGGAGAAAACGUCUCGGACGUUAAUUAACAGGUCUAGGACGGCGCUUCCUUGCAGGUAACAUUGGGAAUAUUUAAAGAUGUUGGACGGUAUAAAAAUCGAAGAUCAUCCGCUGCGGUCGGGACAAGCAACACUUGGAGUUAUGCUCGGGACGGAGUGCCAUCACCAGGCGGUGUGUGAGGGGUGCCAGCGGCCGAUAUCCGACCGCUUUCUGAUGCGCGUCAACGAGUCUUCAUGGCACGAGGAGUGUUUGCAAUGCGCCGUGUGUCAACAACCGCUCACCACCAGCUGCUACUUCCGGGAGAGGAAACUUUACUGCAAAUAUGACUACCAACAGUUAUUUGCGACCAAAUGCAGCGGAUGCCUGGAGAAAAUUGCACCUACAGAAUUUGUGAUGCGGGCGCUGGAGUGUGUUUACCAUCUCAACUGCUUCUGCUGCUGUGUAUGUGACCGACAGCUGAGGAAAGGAGAUGAGUUUGUGCUGAAGGACGGACAGUUGCUGUGCAAGAGCGAUUAUGAGAGGGAAAAAGACCUGCUCGGCUCUGUCAGCCCAGAUGACUCAGAUUCAGAGAAAAGCGAAGAUGAGGAGCUGGAUAUCAAGCCGGAGAAAGGCUCGGGAGGCACCGGGAAGGGAGAUGAUGGGAAAGACCCUAGAAGACCCAAGAGACCACGUACCAUCCUCACCACACAGCAGAGACGAGCCUUCAAGGCGUCGUUCGAGGUGUCUUCCAAACCCUGCCGGAAGGUAAGAGAGACACUGGCUGCAGAGACAGGUCUGAGCGUACGCGUGGUUCAAGUGUGGUUCCAGAACCAAAGAGCUAAGAUGAAGAAGUUGGCGCGGAGACAGCAGCAGCAACAGGAGCAGCAGAACUCCCAAAGGCUGGGCCAAGAGGUAAUGUCCAAUCGGAUGGAGGGUAUGAUGAACUCCUACACACCAUUGGCUCCAGCCCAGCAGCAAAUGGUUGCACUGGAGAACGGCUACAGCACCGACCCCUUCCAGCAGGGCCUCACCCCUCCUCAGAUGCCCGGUGACCACAUGAACCCAUAUGGAAAUGACUCGAUAUUCCACGACAUUGACAGCGACACUUCUCUGACCAGCCUCAGUGACUGCUUUAUGGCCUCGUCUGACGCGGGAUCCAUGCAGGCCCGAGUGGGAAACCCCAUCGACCGACUCUACUCCAUGCAGAGCUCCUAUUUCGCCUCAUGAAAGCACACUCGCUGCAGCUCACACCAGUCACUCGCCGCCUAUCAAGGGAACACGCGCUCGCUCGACAAAAAAGACGAGACACCAGAAACAAGACAAGUGAACUUCCCUACCCUACAAUGGACGUCCAGAAGCUGACAUUUCUUCCUUUUCUAGUUACAUGUAGAUCGUUUGUACAUGACUUUCUGAGAAGUAGCAUUUCACUUAAUCCUCAUGGACUUGUGGAGAGGGAGAAAAAACACACUAAAAGGGUAUCGGUGUACAGUUUGAUGUAACUGAAGCAUCAAGACUCGUGACUUUCCAGAAGAUCAACACAUAAAGCUCAUAAUGCAUGAAUCCAUAUCUUUGUGAUUGUUACGUUUAAAAGAAGAAAAAAAUAGAUUAGAAAAAAAAUCUUGUGUUGUUCAGAUGUUGAAAUGUGAUGUUCGGACUCAUAAUUUGCUCUUUUCGUUAUGUUCAGCAUUGCAUUUUUUUCCUCACUUUAAUAGUUUAGCCCUUCUGAAAGACGAUGUAGAAAAAGCUUAGAGGGGGAGAUUAUGUAUAGUG